CUGCGCCCUCGCCCCGGCGCCCGCUUAGCGCGCCCGCCCGCGGCCCAGGCUGGGCCCGGCCGGCCCGGCCCUCGACAGCGGCAAGUUUGGGAGUUGCACGAGUUUGCGGGGCGGGGGACAGGCCAGGAGGGCGGCCAUGGAGGAGGAGCGGGGGUCGGCGCUGGCGGCCGAGUCGGCGCUGGAGAAGAACGUGGCCGAGCUGACCGUCAUGGACGUGUACGACAUCGCGUCGCUUGUGGGCCACGAGUUCGAGCGGGUCAUCGACCAGCACGGCUGCGAGGCCAUCGCGCGCCUCAUGCCCAAGGUCGUGCGCGUCCUGGAGAUCCUGGAGGUGCUGGUCAGCCGCCACCAUGUCGCGCCCGAGCUGGACGAGCUGCGCCUGGAGCUGGACCGCCUGCGCCUGGAGAGGAUGGACCGCAUCGAGAAGGAGCGCAAGCACCAGAAGGAGCUGGAGCUGGUGGAGGAUGUGUGGCGAGGGGAGGCGCAGGACCUCCUCUCCCAGAUCGCCCAGCUGCAGGAGGAGAACAAGCAGCUCAUGACCAACCUCUCCCACAAGGAUGUCAGCUUCUCAGAGGAGGAGUUCCAGAAGCACGAAGGCAUGUCAGAGCGGGAGCGACAGGUGAUGAAGAAGCUGAAGGAGGUGGUGGACAAACAACGCGACGAGAUCCGCGCCAAGGACAGGGAGCUGGGCCUGAAAAAUGAGGACGUUGAGGCUUUACAGCAGCAGCAGACACGGCUGAUGAAGAUCAACCAUGACCUUCGGCACCGGGUCACAGUGGUGGAGGCCCAGGGGAAAGCCCUGAUCGAACAGAAGGUGGAGCUGGAGGCAGACCUGCAGACCAAGGAGCAGGAGAUGGGCAGCCUGCGAGCAGAGCUGGGGAAGUUGCGAGAGAGACUGCAGGGGGAGCACAGCCAGAAUGGGGAGGAGGAGCCUGAGACGGAGCCAGUUGGAGAGGACAGCAUCUCCGACGCAGAGAAGGUGGCCAUGGAUCUCAAGGACCCCAACCGCCCCCGGUUCACCCUGCAGGAGCUGCGGGACGUGCUGCACGAGAGGAACGAGCUCAAGUCCAAGGUGUUCUUGCUGCAAGAGGAGCUGGCUUACUAUAAGAGUGAAGAAAUGGAAGAGGAAAAUCGAAUACCCCAACCCCCACCCAUCGCCCACCCGAGGACGUCCCCCCAGCCGGAGUCGGGCAUCAAGCGACUGUUUAGCUUCUUCUCCCGAGAUAAGAAGCGCCUGGCCAACACGCAGAGAAAUGUGCACAUCCAGGAGUCCUUUGGACAGUGGGCAAACACCCACCGCGAUGACGGUUACACAGAGCAAGGACAGGAAGCCCUGCAGCACCUGUGACCUUGGCCCAUCUCCACCCUCCAACCUGGACUGCCUGCCACCAGCGCCUGCAACCGAACUGCAGCCCAGGGGUCGUUGCUGCCUCAAGCCUCUCGGUGCAGACGCACCCUGAAAACUGACCCCUCAAACAGACUGUCUGAUUUGAGGAUGGACAUUGAAAAACUGACGCCAAACCCUAAAGAAAUGUUUAUUUAUACCCAGGGCUAUCACUGUUUCUAAUAGAUGACUCUGAUCCCGUAGGAUAUAUAUUUAAUAAUCCCACGAACGGAGGCCAGACUUCUGCGUUAACUUCAGUAACACAAACUUCUUUAAGCCAAAUACAUCACUUGCCACUA